CGCCUGUGUUUUUAUCAUAAUACAAUUCAUGUGUGCAAACUGUAUUCUUAACAAAAACCAUGAACAUUUUGCAUUGAAACAGGGCCUUGUCAUUCUCACGCGUAGCGUCCGCGAGAAACGCGUUGUUUACAUACGGUCGCACACUGCAGACAUGGUUUUCUAUAUCUGGCAUUGCAUAUGCAUAGAUAUAGACAAAUGAAAACGCAAUUCAAGCGUGCGUGUCAACAGCCUGUGCAACUUUAAUUGCAUGUCUAUCCAUACUGGGAGUGCAUGCAAGUGCCAAUUAAUCUCCAUCCAUACUGCAUCCAUGUCAUGAUGUAAUUGCAAAACUAAAAUCAAAUCAUGCCCUGAAAAUCUGGUCAUAUACAACUGUCGAAAUCUGUGAUGUUUACAAAUGUUGUGUACUGCAGGAUAAGUAGGCUAUAAGAUUUUCAGUUUUGUACAGCUGUGGGCUGAAACAAAAACAAGGUCUACUUAUAGAGGUCCCUGCUUGUUUCACUUCCAUUUUGUACCAAGUAUUGUGUAAGAUUGAUGGCUUUCAAUUUGGUUUCACCUUGCCUUCUUUUCGUAAUCUUGUUCUUUGUUAAUUCUCCAAAUUUGAUUUCAGCUAAGCAGUUUGAUUAUCCAACUGCAAAGCUCAGUACUUCAUGGAUCAAUGAUCCUUCUGCUACACGUACUAUUCAGUUUGGGGAUAAAUCAACUGUGAUUCCCGUUCUUUUACGAGGAACGUUAGGCCAGAGAUUUGCUUGUGGCUUCUACUGUAAUGGAAAAUGCGACUCUUAUGUCUUCGCCAUCUUUCUUGUUCAAACAAACAGCGCCGCGUAUAUUGUAUCCCCUACUGUGUCGUUCCCACAGGUUGUUUGGUCAGCCAACCGAGACCAUCCUGUUAAAAUCAACGCGACUUUGAAGCUCACAUCGGAUGGUGAUUUGGUGCUGCGAGAUGCUGAUGGUUCUGUAGCCUGGUCAACUGAAACUGCUGGUAAGUCUGUUGCUGGUUUAAACUUAACUGACACUGGAAAUUUAGUACUCUUCAACAAACGCAAGCAGGUGGUUUGGCAAUCUUUUGAUCAUCCUACGGAUGCUUUGGUUCCUGGACAGAAGCUCAUGGAAGGGCAGAAUCUAAUUGCAAGUGUUUCCAAGACUAAUAGUCGACUUGGUUUGUGCUCUUUUGCGGUCAAUGAUCAGGGUGUAUUUGCUUAUGUAGAAUCCGAACCCCCUCAGGCCUAUUACAGUAGUUAUGUUUAUAGUACCGAGAAGAGUAAAAAGCCGAAUUUUGUGAAGUUCCUGAAUGGAAGCCUUCGUUUCUAUCCACGUUCAUCGGAGAAAAAAGUGCCAGUUCAUAUAUUUGAUAUUCCACUAGCAUCAUCAGUACAGUACAUGAGACUUGAGCCCGACGGACAUUUGAGAGUGUACGAAUGGAAAGAUAAGUGGGAGGUUAUAGCAGAUCUUCUCACAGGGUUUUCAGGUGAAUGUGGUUACCCUCUUGUGUGUGGGAAAUAUAGUAUAUGCUCAAACGGACAAUGCAGUUGUCCUGGAGCCAGCAGCAGUGGAAUCCGAUAUUUUAGGCAAGUACAAGAAAAGUAUCCUAAUCUUGGUUGUGCUGCAAUAACUCCUCUCAGUUGUUCUGCCUCAAAAUAUCAGGAUUUUGUGGAGCUGAAAGAUGUUACUUACUUUACAUUCAACUCCAGCAUUGCCAAUACUAAUGUGAACAAGUGUAAGAUUGCUUGUCUGAUGGAUUGUUCAUGUAAAGCAGCUAUAUUUCGCUAUGGAUCAGAUCCUUUGAGAGGGGAUUGUUUGCUACCAUCCCAGAUCUUUUCUUUAAUGGACCAUGAUCCGGAAGAGGCACACUACAACUCAACUGUGUAUCUCAAGGUGCAGAAGAAAGCCAUCAACUGAGCUGCCUUCAUCAACUUAGGCUUCUCAGAUAUAACCCCACAAAAUGCAAAUCUAAAAUAAACUGUUCUUUUCAGGUGUCACCAUGUAAAACUAUGUUUCGUUACCAAUAAAGCUAUACAGGUACUCCCCGAGUAUAGUUCCUUGGA